CAUCCGAAGAGCAUGUCGCCGCAUUGCCUCUCGCUGCUCGUGGCAUUUGGCGUGUCCUUCACGGCCGCCGUGGAGGUCAGCGUGUGCCGCGAUGCCACAUAUGACAUCUCAGUGGAUGCUACAUCACUGUGUUCGGGUUCAGGCGCGGCACCGGCGGGUUGGAGCUGUCCGAAAGCGGGCGAUGUGGCAGUGGCCGACUGCCUCUCGACUCUCGCAUCACAUGGAAGCGGGACCUGCGUGGCGCCCGAAGAUGCCGUGUGUCAGGUAGUCAAUGGAGAUACGUGGGGCUGCGUGCUACCCUCUGUGGGCUGCAACACGCCAGUCGUGGCGGAUAGCGCCUGCGAGACAUGGGACUACAGCGGUGACGACACGGUGGACAGCUCCGGGUCUUUCGACGGCAAUGAGGACUACGAUGAGACCUGGUUCAUGAAGACGACGGAGCUGAGGGAGCUCUAUGAUUGCAGCAAGAAGCCCACGCCAGCACCAACGACACCAUGUCCAACCCCUGCCGCGACGGAGACCAACACGACAGAGGCGCCGACCGCGACCACAGCGCCGGCACCUACGGAUAGUAGCGAUACCGAUCCAGUAACGUUAGCCCCUACACCUACGGUGACACCGAUACCAAUGCCUACGGAGGUCAAUGGAUCUUCUAGCGACGUAAUGAGCGACGGAGUGGCACAAAACAGAGAAACAGAAGUAGGAGACGAAGAGAGUGCAGCUGGAACCCACACCGUAGUGGCUUUCGCUGCUGCAGAUGCUGUGAGCUUUGGGGGACUGAGUAACGAGGUGGUGGCAGUGAUUGCAGCGGUGGCGGCUUUUGUUGCUGUCAUUGUGGCUGCUGUCGCCAUUGUUUACGCCAGUAAGAGGCACGCGAAGGAGGAUGUGGAGGAGGGCGGAGAGAAAGAUGAAUCUUCGGACGAAGGUGAAGAGAAGGAGGGGGACGUGGGUGAAGACGCUGAGGAUGAGGCAGAAUCCACCACGUAUCCGGUGGCCCCUCCGACACCCGCGGUGGUGAUGGGUGAAAUGGCGACGACACCAGUCGCGGCAUCGGCGAAGGCGAAGGCGACCUCUCCUGUGACGACUCCAGCAGUGACAAGCUCACCGGAGGCGACGGUGGAGACAUCGUCUGAUCAUGUAUCUGAGAGUACAGACGGCGACAAGGCCACUGAGACCUCUGACACACCCUCAUCCCAGGAGACGAUUGCUAAGGACGAUUGA